CCCUCCCGGCAGGCCAUGGGCUGUGUGGGGGUCCUGGCCACCCCGGAAGACCCCGAGGAGCGGCAGGGUGCCCGGGGGGAUGGUGCCCAUCCCCGUCCCCUGGAGUGCCAGGAGCUGGCUGCCGUCCCCACAACACAAGUUAUAAAGCGUUUCCUGAAGGAGGACUCGGACGAGGCUGAGCUGACCCAGUUCCUGCGCGAUUGCCCUCCGGCCGACAGCCCCAGGAAGGUGGAGCCCCCGGAGGGCCGGCGGGAGCCCGGCCACCCCCUGGGCAGUGUGGGCAGGGGCCCCGCAGAGGAAGCCACGGACGAGAGGGACUCCAGGAUCUUCUCCCGAUCCCGGCCCCUGGAUACCCCGCAGCACAUCACGCCCCCCGCCCCCAGCCCCAACCGCCCGCGGAGCCCCUGGGGGCAGCUGGACCCCUACGACUCCUCAGAGGAUGACAAGGAGUACGUGGGCUUUGCCACCCUGCCCAACCAGGUGCAUCGCAAGUCGGUGAAGAAGGGCUUUGACUUCACCCUCAUGGUGGCAGGGGAAUCCGGGCUGGGCAAGUCCACGCUGGUGAACAGCCUGUUCCUGACCGACAUGUACAGGGACAGAAAGCUGCUGAACGCUGAAGAGCGCAUCACGCAGACAGUGGAGAUCACCAAGCACGUGGUGGACAUCGAGGAGAAGGGGGUGAAGCUGCGCCUGACCAUCGUGGACACGCCGGGCUUCGGUGACGCCGUCAACAACACCGAGUGCUGGAAGCCCGUGGCCGAUUACAUCGACCAGCAGUUCGAGCAGUAUUUCCGUGACGAAAGUGGCCUCAACCGGAAAAACAUCCAGGACAACCGUGUCCACUGCUGCAUCUACUUCAUCUCGCCCUUCGGCCACGGGCUCCGGCCCCUGGACGUGGAGUUCAUGAGGGCGCUGCACCAGCGCGUGAACAUCGUGCCGGUGCUGGCCAAGGCUGACACGCUGACCCCCGCCGAGGUGGAGCGCAUGAAGAACAAGAUCCGGGAGGAGAUCGACCACUACGGCAUCCGCAUCUACCAGUUCCCCGAGUGCGACUCGGAUGAGGAUGAGGAGUUCAAGCUGCAGGACCAGGCGCUGAAGGAGAGCAUCCCCUUCGCCGUCAUCGGCAGCAACACGGUGGUGGAGGCCAAGGGCCGGCGCGUCCGCGGGCGCCUCUACCCCUGGGGCAUCGUGGAAGUGGAGAACCCGUCCCACUGCGACUUCGUGAAGCUGCGGACGAUGCUGGUGAGGACCCACAUGCAGGACCUGAAGGACGUGACGAGGGAGACCCACUACGAGAACUACCGCACGCAGUGCAUCCAGAGCAUGACCCGCAUGGUGGUGAAGGAGCGGAACCGCAACAAGCUGACACGGGAGAGUGGGACAGACUUUCCCAUCCCUGUCAUCCCCCCAGUGCCAGAUGUGGAGACGGAGAAGCUCAUCCGGGAGAAGGACGAGGAGCUGCGGCGGAUGCAGGAGAUGCUGCAGAAGAUCCAGAAGCAGAUGAAGGACUCACACUAGCCCUUUCUUCCUCCUCCUCCUCCUCCCGCUCCUGGCCCCCGGAUCAGAAAGGUUUCCAUCACGCUCCGCCCCGCCCGGCCCCGCCGCCUGACUCGGUACCAACCGCACCCGCCACCUUAAAGCUGCUGCGGUAUCGCCUUAUCCAGCGCCCAGAGCCGCCCCAGGGAACAGCCAGGGACAGCCAGGGCACAGCCCACCUGGCCCCGGGCUCACCUGCCCCCGUGUCCCCCCGGCCCCGGGGACAGCUUUGUCCCCCAAGCUUUGGCUUUCCCGGUGUCCCCUCCCAGCUCUGGGCCAGCCUGCUCCCCCUGUCCCCGGCUCACCUCGGGCCCCUGCUCACAGCCUUCACCUCGGCCUAGCCCUGCUCUAAGGGAAGAGGACAGGGGGGCACUGGGGGACAGAGCUGCUUGAUGGCUUGGUUGGCACGGAGGGACAGCAGCUCCCGGGGGCACAGGGCACCCAGGGGAUGGAGGGGCAGCCCCCACCCUGCUCCGUGUGCAGGGGGACUGAACUUGGCAGUGCCCAGCCCCGUGUCCCCACCCUGUCCCCACGGAGUGACACCAGGAAUCCUGGCCCUGGGGAAAGUCCCUGGAACCCCAACUCGGAGCUCGGGUCCCCCUGGCUGUUGGCCCUGGAAAGCAAUAAUGACUGUCCUGUGCCUGUGGCACCUCCCACCCCAUGACAACAGCAUUGUCCCUGCUGCUACUUCGGCCCCUGAUGCCACUUGCUUGUCUGUGGUGUCCCCGUGUGCCCAGGAUGUCCCUGGCCCUGCUGCGUCCUGGCAGAGCAUCCCUGUGUGUUCUCCAAGGCUGUCCCCAUCCAUGCUGCUUCUCAGUGAAGCGCUGCUGCGUGUCCCCACCUUCCCUGGGAUGUCCCCACCUUCCCUGGGAUGUCCCCACCUUCCCCUGGGAUGUCCCCACGUUCCCCCAUGAUGUCCCCAUGGGUGUUGCUGCCCUCAGGAGCACUGCAUCUUGUCCCCCUGGGCUGUCCCCAUCUGUGUUGCUUCCCCCCAGAGCACUGUGCGGUGUCCUUGUGUCCCCCCAGGAUGUCCCCACCCCCAUUCCCGCCCUGCAGGGCACUGUGUUGUGUCCCUGUGUCCCCCCAGGAUGUCCCCAGCUGUGUUGCUUCCCGACAAAGCCCUGCUGUGUGUUCCCAGGGGGAGCCUGGCCCGCACCUCCCAGUAUCCCUGAGGAGCUGGAUCCCAACCCCUGCAGCUCCUGCUCCCUCCUGGCUGUGGGGAGGGACAAAAGGGGCUGGCGAGGCACAACUGGGAGCACUGGGAUCACUGGGAGCUCGCUGGCAGAGGGGUGUGUCCUGUCCCCACCAGGGCCACCCAAGCUGGGGUCCCCCAGGUGGGUUCACCCCUGGUGGGAGCUGUGCCUGGCCAGGGUGGCUCAUCAGGCACGUGCCCCCCGUGUCCCUGUGCCAGCCAGGGGGUCCCCGUGGGCAGGGCCCCGCAGGGUGUAUUAGUGCUUUCCUUUUUUUAAUCUGGCUAUUUUCUUACAGAAGCCCCUCCUCCCUUGGCAUGACGGUCCUAGAGGCGUUUGUUAAUGGAUAGAAGCAGAGUAUAGGUUUAUAAAUUCUUAGAGAGUUAGUGGAAAUAUUUUUAUCCCUCCACAACUGUUCUCAAUAAAUAACGGCUGACCCGGCUUGUCUGAAA